AAGGAGAUGCGUAUCCAUAGCAACGUUGAUCCAAACAGUACGAAUAUCUAUGACUUGUUGACGUACGUUGGGUUAUUUUAAAAUAUACAAGUAUAUACAAUUAUAUGAGAAAACUCAUUGCCUGAUUACAAACAACAAUGGACGACGAUAGCGAUAUAUCUCUCACUUUCACCAGUACAACCAAUGAAACAACAGCUAACGAAGAACUGUACAAAAAAUUCGAAGAGCAACAGAGAGUCGAAUUCGAUCAAGAAAAACCACUGACCUUUUAUCUUCCAAGUUGCCAUUGCCUUGAAGAGAGAAAAAAGGAGAGGGAAGCUAAACGUUGCAAUAUUGAGCUAAGGGAAAAGGAGGUGAACGAAAUAUUAGCCCCUGAUCAUCCAGCUCUUGAGAGAUUCCAAAAAGCGUUAAAAGAGCAUCUUCUCAAGCAGAUAGAGCGUUUGAAUGAGGAAAUUUUAGAAUUGGAGACUGACACUAAAACUAAAAAUGCCGAAAAAGAAGAAAUAGGAGUCGAAGCUUACGAAAUACAGCAGAUGGUUUGCAAAAAACAGAAAAUAUUGGAAGAAUACGUAGAUAACGUUAAAAAUGCAACAGCUGCUAGAGAAGAAGUAGAGCUGGAAUUGAAGGAAUACAGGGAAAAAUUCAAAAAAGAGACGGAACUUCUGAUGAAAACUCAAAAAGAAGAAAAAGAACUGAGAAAUGAGGUUGAAACCACCAAUCUCCUCUUUCAUCAAACUGCCAAUUGGGAGAAAGAUGUUGAAUCUGAUAUCACGAUCAGCAAAAGAAUGACGGAGAAAACCAUAAAAGAUCAGAUGAGACUCAUAAAUGAGAAAAGAAGACAGGACAUGAUUCUGUACAAGCUUCAAAGUGAGGUUUGGAAGUUGGAAACCGACCUAGAAAAUACCGAUAUGAAAUUGGAGGUUAAAGAAAGACAAAGAGAAGAGUUGGCGCAGGCAGUUGCUGAAGGAAACACGACCAUAGAAGCUCUCGAUUCCGAUUACAGAUGUUUGAUGCACUCCUGGAAUUCUGUGGUUAUUGCCAUUUCCAAUCGGGAUAGAGUUCUGCAUUGCGUCAACGAAGAGCUCAAGAAAUAUAAUGAAGAGCAGAAAAAUAUCAUAUGCGAAACGGAGAAAAUCGCUAAAAUGGCCAAAGAGGAAAUGUUGCUGAACGAAAAACUGACUGCUAUAAAACAGAGGAUACUUGCUGACAUCGCAACUUGCAAAAACCAAACCGAUGACGAGCUGGCGAAACAGAGGAGGAUCGAGAGAAGGAUAAUGAAGUGCCAAUCGAUAAUAGAGCAUACCGAGAAGGAUAUCGCAAGAUUAGAAGCGGAGAACCGCGCUGCUCAAACGUCUUUGUCGGUGAUGGAAAGAGACUGGGGUAAGAAGAACCAAAUCAAGAAUCAUUGGGAGGAGAAGAUAUUCCUUCUGCUGGAAGACGAAACCACCAACAGCAAAGCAUCGCAACACUUGGCCCUUAGGCUCAGACAAAUGAAAGGGAAUAACAGAAAAUUGGAAAUAACUCUGGCCCUUUCGGAGAACAAGAAUUCCAUCAUCCAGACCAAGUUGGAAUCUCAGAUCUCGAUAAACGCUGAACUGAGUAAAUUGAUCAAAGACUUGAACACCAGUAAACUGCAACUCGAAAAGGAACUGUCCGAUUUUCAAGACACCCUGAAAGACUACGAUAAUCUCAUUGUAAAAAGACAACGACUCACCGACAAACUGAACAAUAAAGUGAUGGAGAUGGUUACGGUUAUAGGGGGCAGAGAAAUAUCGCCGGCAGAGAUAAAGAUCAAAACUUUGGAAAAAAAUAUAGAAGAAGCUAAAGAGAAAAUAAAAGAACUACAAAUGUUCUGGAUGCGCGAACAAAGAAAUGUGUUGAGUUUGUCGGAAUCAAGACAACAGCAAAUUGCCAACAACGAUCUCCUUAGAAAACAAAUCCUGAUAUUGCAACAGAAAAAUCUGAAAGUUACCGAUGAAAUAGAAGCCAUAAGCAAACAAGACCAGAAAACUAGUAGAAAUAUAUUGAAUUACCACAACCAAAUCCUCAUGAGGAGCGAGUCGCUCAGUAGAAAAAAGGACGAGAGAAAGGGCCUGGAUGCACACAACGAUUUGGCCCAGUUGGAGUUUAUGACUAAGCUAAAGGCGGCCGAAAUGGAGUGCCUCAAAUUGGAAGCUCAAAUAGUCGAUAUCGAAGAGGAAAAAUUAAUAUUGAGCAAGCAAUUGCUAGACAUCAAUAGAGAAGUACUGGAGUGGGAGAAGAAACUGAAGAUUAUUGUGACCACAAAGAAUCAAAUACAGCUAGAGAAGGGAUCAGAAGGUGAAAUUGGUCAGAUGAGGUUGGAGGUUCAUAAGAUGGAGGUUAGAUACGCUCAACUGAAAAAGGCCCAAGAAAGGUUUAUGAUUGACCUUGAGCAGUGUGUUUUCCGGAGAGAAUCUAUAGUAGCAGGUAAUGAGGCAAAAGAGAAGCGUAGCAAGUUUGGAAUUGAAAAAACAAGGUUCAAUUUCAAGAGGAAGAUGGAUGAUAUGAGGAAUCAGAUCAAGCAAAUCGAAAAUGGAAUGAAAGUUCUGAAGGAUAAAACCAAAAAAAUAAACGACGAGAAAAAAAUAUACGAAAACCAGAUGAAGCAAAUGAAAGAAGAGGUUGUGGAAGUGAAGAAGAUGACAGAGAACGUGCUCAACGAAUACGAAAACAUUAAAACAAACAAACUGAUGCAAUUCGAACUGUUGAUAAUGAAGCAGAAAAAGCUCAAUAUGUAUUCCGAUUUGGCCAGAGGAAAGAAACCGUUUUUGGUAUACAAAACGGAAUGUGCGCUAACACAAGAAUUGGUGAAGAAUGAGGAGAUGAACUCGAAGCUUGUGACUGUUGUUGACAAUUUGGUGAAUCGAUUUCCGCAUUAUAUCCAUUUUUUUAGCAGAAUUAUGAAUACCCUUCAUCUUCCGAAAGUCUAUGCUGGUGAUAUUAACGCAUGGGCUCAAGGUGUUGAAGGAGAAUGUGUGCAAUACUCAUUUUGAAAAUUAUGAUUUUAUAAAUUAUGACUAUUUUUUAUAUAUUUACUUCUCAAUAAAUUGAAAAAAAUU